AUGGCGACGAGCAACCCGCCACUCCUGUCCCCGCCGGGGCUGCCCAAAGCACCCUCGGCAGGGGCGGGGGUCCCCAUGCCGCCCACCUUCCUUCGCCCUCCCAACUUCUUCGUGCGAGCCGCGGCCGCCGCGGCAGCAGCGGCGGCGGCGGCAGCAGCCACCGCCGCGGGCAAUCCUUCCAGCUGUUACGCGCAGGCGGCGGCGGCGGCGGCGGCGGCCGGCCUGGAGCGCGGCGUGUGUUAUCCGCGGACGCCGAAGUGCGCCCGCUGCCGCAACCACGGCGUGGUGUCGGCGCUGAAGGGCCACAAGCGCUUCUGCCGCUGGCGGGAUUGUGCGUGCGGCAGGUGUGCGCUCAUUGCGGAGCGGCAACGCGUGAUGGCCGCCCAGGUGGCGUUGCGCAGGCAGCAAGCGCAGGAGGAGAUCGACGCGCGGGAAGAGAAGAUUCAGAAGUAUGACUUCUACUGCAGUGAAUCGGGCAGUUCUGUAGUCCAUUUACUCACACCCUCUGUGACAUCUUCUCCUGAAGCUGCUGGAAGCAAUCAAGAGAAGCCAUCUGAGACACAGACUUUAAGUAAAGAGAUAUCUUUAUCGGGUCCUGAUGAAUCUUUAGAAGGAACGGACAGCCCAGCCUCUUUGUCGUCUUCGGACAUGGAAUCAGGAAAUGAAAGCGAAUGUCCCAAGGAAUUUGUUCCCUAUAAUGCCAGCAUCCCUCCUGCUGCAGUUGUAGCUGCUGAUGGUGCCUUGAAGCGCAGAGACCCACUUAAUAUUCUUACCAAGGUCUUUCCUAAUCACAAACCCAGCAGGUUGGAAAGAAUUCUGCAGCUCUGCAGAGGAGACAUAGUCCAAGCUAUAGAGCAGAUCCUGAAUGCCAGUGAACACAGGCAAGGAUUCCGAGAGCUUGCAAUCCCAGUCUUGCCUGAAUGCAGUGCUUUCCAGAGAUCUUCUGAUUUUGGCCUGGGAGUAGAUGUCACAACACUUGGCAAUAAAUCAGCGUUUGUUCCUCUUCAAACCAGCUCGGCUUCUUCCAGGAGAGAGAUGAAUUUUUAUGGCUUAAGCCCAAGACUGGGAAUUGGACCUCUAAGAGUGACUUAUUCUCCUCCAGGAAGAGCUUUACCUGGUUUGAUGGCACCAUACCUGAGGACUGGCUUGUUUCCUGCUUUUCCUUUUCAUCCAGUGAUGGACUCUUCGUUUUCAGGAGUAAUCAAAGAUGCAUCUUAUUCCCCCAGCGAAGACAAGCUUUUCAGUACCAAGAUAUACGCCAGGUUAAAUGAAGAACGCAAAUAGCAUUUUGAUCAAAAGUUACUUUUUCUUAUUUUAAUUUGUGCCGAUACACGUUGUGGAGCCCGAUUCUUAAAUGUGCAUCCAAUAAAGAGCAAAUUAGUAUUAAAUCCUUCAUUAAAAAAAAUAAUAAAGGCUGCCACAGGGUUCUUUUCCAAAAAUCAGUUGAAAUUGGACAUAAAAGAAUUCGAAAAUGGAGAGAUUUCUGGAGUGUCAACAGUGGAAAAUUAUUAGAAGCAAAGUUGAUAUGGAACAUUAUAUUGUAUAUUAACAUGUAAUUUCAUCUCAUUUGAAUCUUUGGAAGAAAAAAAAGGUGACACUUGGAGAAUGGAAGUUGAAAAUCCAAGAGUAAGAUGAAAAACUCCAGAAAAUCAAAACUUUUGUCUUUUGCAUUUUCAAAAUAUUUGAUAAGUUUCUUUCUUAUUUUUACUUGAAAUGUAGGUGUUUGAAAUCAAGAAAUAGUUUUCCAAAUAUAGAUUCUUGAUUUUUUUAAUGAAACAGUUAUUGAAAUAUGUAGUACAUGUCUCUGAUCAACUGUUGUAACAAAAUUGGUAAAAUGAUUUUGGAUAUAAGCAGUCUUUUUAGACUGAAGAUAUUAUGCCUUAAUUAUGUUUUCAUAUGGGUAGAAGAAUUGAAGGAAUUGACUGGUUAAAAAAUAAUUCUGAAUUAUGGUUUAGAAUAAUGUGAUUGAGAUUGAAGCUCAUGUACUUUUCUCUUCACAUAUAUAUAAUAAUGAAGAUUGGAAAAUCUUUUAUUUUGCAUUACUAGGUGUAUAACAUUAAAUCUGCCAACUGCAGUUAUACUGUGGCUGGGUCCACACAUUAUAUUAAGUCAUAGUUUGGUGAAACCAUGAUUUUUAAUAGCCUGUAAUCUCCAGGUUCACACAAUGUGUUAAGUGAAAAUGGCUUAGUGCCAAUCUAGUCCAGGGUUUGUUUGUGCUAAACAGUGGCUUAUUUAAUAAUGAUUUAUUAAAUAACCCACAAGUUUAUUUGCAACAAGGUUUAACCUAAGACAGUGAUGGGCAUCUUGCCAGCCAGGCAGGCAAGAUGUCUGCAAAUAUUGCUCUACCAAAAUAUGGCAAAAAUAUGACCAGUUUUCUGUGGCCUAGUCUUUCUGGGUGAAAGGAGUCUCAAAAUUAAGAGCGAUCUUAGAAAACUUUCUGCUCACAUUCCCACCUAUAACUCCCCUAUAAUCCUCCCCUCCUAAAGUCCUAAACAGACUAAUUUUAACUUAUUUUGGGAGAGGGGGGUUAAGAAUGGAAAUAAGAACAUGAGUUAUCUGGAAGCCAAAUUGCUUCUAUCUUGAAAUUUCCAUGCAGUCAAGCCAAAUCGAACAAACCACAUUAUGGCGUAACAGGGUGUGUGAAUACAGCCCGUUAUACCAUACAGUACAUAUAAUACAGUGUGUUACGUGACAGAAAACAAUUUCAGAAAUUUGAAGGGUUUUCUUUUUAGAUUAGACAUUUUGUCUGUGGAAGGAGAAAAGAAAAACAGAUCACACUCUC